UCCUCCCUCUCCUCCUCCCUCGCCAGCGAUUUGUCCCACGCCCACUCUUGCCUCGCCACAUCCCGGGAAAACGGCGGGGGGAGAUGGCCGGGGCCCUGGACCAGCUGCCAGGCGCCGAGGAGCGGCUCCCCAGCUAGCGCCCUUGGCCGGUGGUGGGGAGGUAAGAAGAUGUCACUGCCUGCGGGCCGGAGGAGCCGAGCGAGGCGGCAGAAUUGAAGAGCAGAUGCAAGAGCGAAGUCGGCAGCGCUCGGCGGGCUUUUCUUCCUCCUCUCGGGCGCUCCUCCAUUGAGCAUCUGACAGCCAGAGUAGCAGCUGCUGCCGCCGCUUUUUUUUUUUUUUUUGCUGCAGGAGCGUCGCCGAAUCCCGGGCCGGGGCGGGGAAACUUCCCGCUGUGCGGUGAGGGGAAAGGCGGCUGGCUAGAAACGGCUGCGCAAAGCUCAGCUGCGGGGAAAAUGAGUGAACAGAGUAUAUGCCAAGCCCGGGCAUCAGUUAUGGUUUAUGACGAUACCAGUAAGAAAUGGGUGCCAAUAAAGCCUGGACAACAGGGCUUCAGCCGAAUCAACAUCUAUCACAACACGGCCUGCAACACAUUUAGAGUAGUUGGAGUUAAACUUCAAGAUCAACAAGUAGUGAUUAAUUAUUCAAUUGUGAAAGGAUUGAAGUACAAUCAGGCAACGCCAACAUUCCACCAGUGGCGUGACGCACGGCAGGUUUAUGGACUGAACUUUGCUAGUAAAGAAGAGGCAACCACAUUUUCAAAUGCAAUGCUAUUUGCCCUAAAUAUCAUGAACUCUCAGCAGGAUGGAGGUCCCACAACCCAGCGCCAGGUUCAAAAUGGACCCUCUCCAGAUGAAAUUGAAAUUCAGAGAAGGCAAGCGAUGGAGCAGCAGCAGCAGCAACGCCAAGAAUCCCUGGAAAGAAGAACCUCUACCACAGGUCCUACCCUACCACCAGGUCACCCCUCUGUUGCCACUGGAAUACCCACAUCAUCUGGUGGACCACCCCCUCCUCCUCCUCCUCCCCCUCCACCUACGGGAACCGCACCUCCUCCUCCUCCCCCAUUGCCAGCAGGUGGAGGAUCUAGCAUUGAUGACGGAUCAAUGUCAGGACUAGCAGCGGCUCUGGCUGGUGCCAAACUAAGAAGAGUGCAACGGCCAGAGGAUGGAUCUGGAGGUUCUAGUCCCAGUGGUGCUGCCAAGAGUGAUGCCAAUCGAACAAGUAGUGGAGGAGGCGGUCUUAUGGAGGAAAUGAAUAAACUAUUGGCAAAAAGGAGAAAAGCAGCAUCUCAGUCAGAUAAGCCAGUGGACAAAAAAGAAGAGGAAAGCCAAAAUGAAGACGCUAGUACUUCUCCUACACCUGUUACACGAGGCCCUGUCCAACAGCAGAAUUCCUCAGAUCCUGGCAAGAAACUUUGGGAGAGAAGCAACUCCAUGGAAAAACCGGUCACUUCGUUACUCUCUAGAAACCCAUCAGUGGGGAGAAGUCCUGAAUCUAAAGGUCCUGUUCAGUUUCAGCCAUCUUUUAGGAUGAAGCCAGCAAACAGCAGUAAUGAUGUGGCAAUGGACACUUUAGAUUUUGAUCGUAUGAAACAAGAAAUAUUGGAGGAAGUUGUAAAAGAAUUACACAAAGUAAAAGAAGAGAUAAUUGAUGCAAUCAGGCAGGAAUUGAGUCGAAUCAGCACAACAUAAUGGCCACGAGACCAUCUGGAAGUUGCAAGGGACAUGACAAGUGAUGGUUCAUUUCUAAGUGUACCAAGAUCAUGCAGAAUGGUGAAAGAGGACACCUGACAGCAUCUUUUGUUUUUAAAAUCCUUUUUAUUAGCAGACUCAGCAGACUUUGAAGCUUGCUACUGCCUUGGAUUUGCUUCAUUUAAAAAAGAAAGAAAAAAGUCUUAAAAUCUUUGAAAUGGAAAAUAUUAAAAAUUUAUCUGGAUUUUUAAAAUUCAUCUGAUAAUGCACAUCAGAUUUGGUCAGCCUUUUUGUAUUUUGUAUUUGCUUAUUUAAAUGUAUGACAUUUUUGUUUUUUAGUAUAUUGUAGGUAAGGAAACAUGUGAUCCAUUUGCUUUUUAUUAGAUGAUUUCAAAACAUUUUUACUGGUAGUCUGCAGUGUAAAUGAAAACCUUUUUGCCAACAGAAUCUAAUUAAUGGCAUCAGUAGUUGAGGCCAGAAGAUGCCAGCUGUCAGCCAGGAAGUCCCUGGUCUCAAAACUACCACAAUAUUAAAGCGGUACAUCGGUGCAUCACAGCAUCUGUGCUCAUACUGGUAAUAAAUUGUUCAUUGUCCAUGUGGCAUUUGUGGCAUUGAUUGGCUUUUCUUUCAGUUCAUUCUUGCAAUAGAUUUGGGCUCAUAAUAUAUACUUUUCUACUUAUUAACAACAGGGAUGGCCAACUUGGCAAUCUUGACCAGCGAUGGCAUUCCAAAGGAAAUGGCUAUGACUAUGUUUACACGUUGAAUGAAGCCAUGGUUUAUUGACUUGUCCGAAUUCACACAAGAUGUUAUACCAAAUUAAGGAAAUCUUAUUAUGGUUUCCAUAUUGUGUAAACCCAGGUCUUUAUCUGACCUCUGGUGGUGCUACCAGAAAUACAGUUAGAGAAAUAGAAAAUUCACAUCUUCAUGUUUACAUCUCCUGGCUAUUGUAUGAAAUAUAUCAAUUUGCAAAAUUGAUGGCUGCAAAUCACUGGACCUAGACUGGAGAAUAGAACAACUCCAAAGACAAAAUGUCUUUCAUCAUUUUUAAGCAUGUCUUCUGUAUAUAGUGGUUAUAUUCAGAAUUACUAGUAUUCUUCUCCCAAAACAAGUUUGCACUGAAUAGAUCUCCCCAUAACACAUCAUCCAAUAUUUUGUCAUAAAUACUGUGUGAUAAUUAAUAGCAAACUAUUUUAUUUUGCUUAGGCUUAAAAUGUAUGUUGGCUUGAGCAAACCACUAGAGUUAUGUGGAACCCACAUGAAAAAUUUUGGUAGUAUCCUUGAAACUGUUUUCUCUUGAAAUUAUAUGGAGGUUUCUCCUGAGCAGGACCCUCAAAAGUCUCCUUAGACUUUCACUUGAUGGGAAAGUCAGUGACCAAGCCUAACAUUUGUGUCCUGAAUAUAUGAUUUCUUUACCUGCCUUGGACUAUAAAACAUCCAUUGCUGAUUAGAAAGAAGUAAUAAUACUGUGCAUCUCAUGUUGCUCAAUAACUUACAACGUGGGGGUGGGGGUACUAGAUAAUAAUAAGUGGAGCACUGGCUAGGUUUUUUUAAUAAAGUUUUUUGGUUCCUUUGAAAACUUUGAUUUUUUUAAAUGUGGAAGCACCUCCAAUUUCACACUUCAGGAGCUAUGUGACUGCUGGGGUUGUGUUUUUUGUUUGUUUGUUGGUGGGGGGGUGAGUUGUCAUAUCAAGAGUAUAUAAUAUAAAUUUCAGAAUAAUGAACCAUGCAUCUGAGGAAGCAGACUGUAGUCCAUUUAUUAUGUGAUAAUAAAUACAUUCAUCUUUAAGGUAACACAGAUUUUGUUGCUUUUUUGCUGCAAUAGAAUAAACAUGCCCUCUGGAAACUAAUAGCAUUUGUAGUAGCCUAAAAAGAGAAUUGGGUAGGUACAAUAAUACAAUACAAUACAAUACAAUACAAUACAAUACAA